AUGUCCAUGUUUUUUUUUGUAGCUCCGCAGUGCUGCUGUGUGAGCCGACAAAACCUCUGGAAGCUGCAGGAAGCUUUUUAUACUUUUUUACACUUCUCCAUUCUUUUUCUUCUUCUUCUUCCUCUUCUUCUUCUUCUUUCCUCCUGUCUUUAUCGCCUUCUCUUUGUCUCCAUGCGGGUGUUUCUCCAGCUCCAACCCAAACAGCGGGCCUUCCUGUAGCCGCCGCCCCGGCCUCCCUCUCCCUCCGGCCGGCGGAGCCUCCCAGCUGAGCCCCGCUGAGGUGGCCUGGUUCCCGGGGAGAGAUGCUGUAGAGCAGCCGGUGGAGGAGAUGCUUCUACCGGACUGAAGAGGAGCAGAAAGCAGGAAAGAUGUCCGGCAGCAGGAUGCCUCUGACCCCGGUGAGCGAGAGAGAAACCGAACAGAAAAAGACUUCAGACGCUCUCCCAGAUCCUCCGGCCCCUCCCACCAAAUCAGCGAGUCGCCACAGUCUGCCGCCAUGUCGCAGCGCCGUGACGUCCAGCGCAGACGAGCAGCCGCACGUCGGCAACUACCGCCUGCUGAAGACCAUCGGGAAGGGAAACUUCGCCAAAGUCAAACUGGCCAAACACUCUCUGACCGGCCGAGAGGUCGCCAUCAAGAUCAUUGACAAAACUCAGCUGAACCCAACCAGUCUGCAGAAGCUCUUCAGGGAGGUCAGUGUGAUGAAGAUCCUCAACCAUCCCAACAUUGUGAAGCUGUUCGAGGUGAUUGAGACGGAGAAGACUCUGUACCUGGUGAUGGAGUACGCCAGCGGAGGUGAAGUGUUUGACUACCUUGUUGCUCACGGACGAAUGAAAGAGAAGGAGGCCAGAGCUAAGUUUCGGCAGAUUGUGUCAGCAGUGGAGUACUGCCACCAGAAGAGGAUUGUCCACCGAGACCUCAAGGCAGAGAACCUGCUGCUGGACGCCGACAUGAACAUUAAGAUCGCAGACUUCGGCUUCAGUAAUGAGUUCACGCUGGGCAGUAAGCUGGACACCUUCUGUGGGUCCCCUCCCUACGCUGCUCCUGAACUCUUCCAGGGGAAGAAGUACGACGGGCCGGAGGUGGACGUCUGGAGUCUGGGAGUGAUCCUCUACACGCUGGUCAGCGGCUCGCUGCCGUUCGACGGACAGAACCUGAAGGAGCUGAGGGAGCGUGUUCUCAGAGGAAAGUACCGGAUCCCCUUCUACAUGUCGACUGACUGUGAGAACCUGCUGAAGAAGCUGCUGGUGCUCAACCCGGGGAAACGAGGCAGCCUGCAGCAAAUCAUGAAGGACCGAUGGAUGAAUGUCGGCUACGACGAGAAGGAGCUGAAAACAUACAACGAACCAGAACAAGACUUCAACGACCUCAAACGCAUAGAGCUGAUGGGGACGAUGGGCUUCUCUCAGGAGGAAGUGAAGAAGGCGCUGGAAGGUCAGAAAUACAACGAGAUGACGGCGAUAUACCUGCUGCUGGGGAGGAAAAAUGCUGAGUCUGAAGGCGGUGAGACUCUGUCCAGUAACCUGCUCCAGAGGUCACGACCCAGCAGCGACCUCAACGGCUCCAGUCAGUCGCCCGCACACUCUCGCAACACAUCGACCAAUCAGAAGCAGCGGCGCUUCAGCGACCACGUGGCGCCCUCUAUCCCCCCUCCUGUGUCCUACACCAAGCGUAGUCAUGCCAACAGCGUAGAGAGCGACAGGAAGGAAGGGGCGGCAUCGCCCACGGGGGCCCCGGACCGCCGGAGGUCAGCCACCGCCUCAGGGAACAUAACUCGGAGGAACACGUACGUUCACGAGAGGACGAGCAGCGACCGCCACUCGGCUGCUGUGACCAACGGGAAGGACAGCAGUCUACCUGAGGUUCCUGCAGCGUCUCCCUCUCCAUCGCCGGGGAAAACCAUCUCCACUCGUCCCCGUCACGUGAAGUCCAUGUCGGCGUCGGGACAUCCCAUGAAGUCCUGCCUCCCCCCCAUCGACGACAACGUGGAGUAUCAGAGCUCCCCCCAGCAGCCCCCGCCCUCCUCCCCCUCAGCGUUCAGCAUCACCAGCAGCAGCAGCACCACCCCGGAUCGGACCCGUUUCCCCCGCGGAUCGUCCAGCCGCUCCACCUUCCACGGCGCUCAGCUGCGAGACCGCCGCUCCGCCACGUACAACGGCCCCCCCGCCUCGCCCAGCCUCUCCACGCACACCGCCGCCUCGCUGGCCUCCGCCCGCCGCGGCACCUCCACCUCGCUCAUCGGGAAGAUCACCUCCAAGUUCGUACGCAGGAGUUUAUCAGGUGAGCCUAAAGAGGAGGGGCGGGACUCCAAGCCUCGUGCGCUGCGCUUCACCUGGAGCAUGAAGACCACGUCUUCCAUGGAGCCGGGGGACAUGAUGAAGGAGAUCCGCAGGGUCCUGGACGCCAACAACUGUGACUACGAGCAGCGCGAGCGCUACUCCCUGUUCUGCGUGCACGGAGACGCGCGGCAGGACAGUCUGGUGCAGUGGGAGAUGGAGGUGUGCAAACUGCCCCGACUCUCACUCAACGGCGUGCGCUUUAAGAGGAUCUCCGGCACGUCCAUCGCCUUCAAAAACAUCGCCUCCAAAGUGGCCAACGAGCUCAGGCUGUGAACAACUUCCAGUUAUUCAUCGAAGGAGAAAAGACCUCUGUGGUCCUCUUUCUUCACAGAAUGACGCCCCACCAAGUGACGGCGGACAUGUUGUGUUCAGCGACUCUCUAACUGCUGUAUGACUCAGAGAAAACACACAUUAUUAUACUCUACACACUUACUAUUUAAUGUUAUCACUAAAUGUUUGCCAGUGAAACCAAAUAUUAAAGCUGACGGUGCAGAUUUCCAGCAGGUUGUAGUUCACCCCUCAGUGAUGAGAUCCAGAGCAAACAGCAGGAGGAUGUUUCCAUCUGUCCUCUCCUGCUGCGGCGACACUCUGUUGGUUUAUCACUGUUUACAUGCACUUCAGAUUUUUACGAAACCUUGGAAACUGAAUUUUAAAACAUUGUGUAAAGUGGAAACACGUCACGCGAGCUAAAGCUGAUUAAACAGGGAGAGAUUUGUUGGAGAAACCUGAAGACUUCCACUUUUACUUUUGCGAUUUGCAUGUGGGAAUAUUAAAGAAGCUGUUCGCAGCAGUGUUUUUAAAGAAGACCAAGCUAUGUCAUCUGGAGUGUUAGAGGCUUAAUAUCAUUGCUGUGCAUGUAGACAUAUUAUCAGCUUUCGCCUUCGGUUUGCUAACAGUACCUUUGUCUCUGGAGUGCAGGUAAACAGUGGAACGUGACCUCCGCUCUACCUGUGCAACUCUCCUGCUGCAACAGAAGAACACUAACUGUGAGUCCGCAGCUACAGAGUCAGCAGGCCAAGUGUGUGAACUCAUGCAAGGAAUUUAACUGCGAUUUUUCAUUGCUCUUAAUACAUACACACACACAGAACAGCUAGAAAACAAAGCUGGAAAAGGUGAAAAUGUUACUGCUAUGUACAGAUAUAAAUACAUACUAAAAAGUG